AUGACCACCUACCUCUCCUUCCCACCCCGGCACCGGCCGGAUGCCGAACACGCCCCGGACACCAACUGGGUCCUCGUCUGGCACAUCACCGGCAACCCGGGCCUCAUCACCUACUACCACACCUACAUGUCCACCCUGCGCACCCUGCUAGACUCGACCGAGGACGCGUCCUCACACCGCACCCGGUUCCACAUCGCCGGCCGCAACCUCCUCGGCUUCGAGGACGCAGACCACUCACCGCCCUUCGACGCCACCCACAAGCCCUACGACCUAGAGGCUCAGAUCCUCCACAUCGCCGCCGCGGUCUCGGCAGAGCGCAUCCCCGCCGGUCCCCGCAAGGGCCAGCCCUUCGACGCCGUCAUCCUCAGCGGCCACUCGGUCGGCUCCUACAUCAUCGUGGAGCUCUUCCACCGGCACCAGCAGCAGUCGCACGCGGCCCUCAGGGACCUGCCCCUGCGCGCGGGCGUGUGCCUCUUCCCCACGAUAUCGCACCUGCCGCGCUCGGACCGCGGCAGGGCCGCCGUCAGCCUCAUGAACCGCUUCCCCGCCGUGGCGGACCGCGUGCACCUCCUGCCCCGCGCGCUGUUCUACCUCUGGCCCGCCUGGCUCCUGGCGGCCUUCUUCCAGCGCGCGUGGGGGUUCACGGCCGAGGGCGCCGCGACGACGGCGCGCUGGCUGCAGAGCCGCGACGGCGCGCACGAGGCGGCGUUCCUGGGCAUGGACGAGCUGCGGACCAUCACCGAGGAGAAGUGGGGCGAGGAGCUGUGGGAGGUGACCGAAGCCGAGGCCGCGACCAGGGACCAGGAGCCGCCGCCCAAGUUCUUCUUUUACUACGCGCAGUACGACCACUGGGUCGCCGACGAGGUGCGGGACGAGUUCAUCCGCGUGCGGGCGGAGCAUGCCUCCCGGGACGGUGUGCCGGCGCACAAGAGGGGGCGGACGAGGACGUAUGUGGAUGAGACUGGGAAGUUGACCCAUGAGUUUUGUGCUAAGGAGGGCAUGAGUGAGAUGGUCGCUGAGAGAGUCAAGACUUGGAUUGAGGAGAUUGUUGCAAACUGA